AUGCCUUUGCUUGAUUCUUUUGACCCAUUCGCGACCCACCCAUUCACAAACAACUCCGGCGUCGUUCCGCAACCCCCGCAACCGUCACUAUACCCCAUACCAAUGCCAUCCCCACGCGCUCGUCCCAAUCACAUGUCGAGUUGCCCGGUAGACUCCACGCCCCCCUCCUUCCCAACGAAUUCAACACAAAAUUCGCCUCCCUUGCGAUCUCCUAUACCACAAAAGCGCGGACCGGUCUCACCAAUCUUGCCUUCAUCCCCCACACGGCCGAUUUUUACCCCGUUUCAGCGGGAGGUGUCGUCUCCAGACUUGUUAUUGAAGAAAAAAUCCAAUUCUACUAGCGGUAGCUCUCCUGCCAGUCCUAGAAAAUCACUAUAUCUCACAAACUGA